AUGUCGCAAUCACAGCCGCUCGAGAACAACGACUCGAUUUCGAGCCAGGAUCCUCAUCGCGAGGACAAGAAGAAGACCAAGAGCAGGAGACCUGCGAAUACUGCCUUUCGACAACAGCGACUGAAGGCAUGGCAACCCAUCCUCACUCCUAAGACCGUACUGCCGCUGUUCUUCGUGAUCGGAAUAAUAUUCGCUCCCAUCGGUGGACUUCUCCUUUACGCCAGCGCAAAAGUGCAAGAACUUUCGAUUGAUUACACAUCAUGCAAAUACAAGUCCCCUGCGACGUCGUUCGAGUUCGACCCGAACAAUAACACCCUUGAGGACAUCCCCGGCGACCGUGUCUCUGCUACUUUCAACUCGGACAUGACGGAGAAACCGAAAUGGGGCCACGCAACGGAACGGUGGGAGUGGCCCUCAGGCAGAGUCAACGAGUCCACGACCGUCUGCAUUAUCGAGUUCAACAUCCCCAACGACAUCAAGCCGCCAAUCCUGUUCUACUAUCGCUUGACAAACUUCUACCAGAAUCAUCGCCGAUACGUCAAAUCUCUGGACAUCGAUCAGUUGAAGGGCAAGGCUUCGGAUGCAUCGGCGAUCAAGUCUGGUGACUGCGACCCCCUCAAAACAGCUCCGAACGGCAAACCAUACUAUCCCUGCGGUCUCAUCGCCAAUUCCAUGUUCAAUGACACAUUUCCGCUUUUCCUGAAUGCUUCCAACGGGCAGAACGGCCAGGAGCGAUAUGAGUUUACCAAUAAGGGCAUUGUUUGGUCGACCGAAGGCGAACUCUACGGAAAGACAAAGUACAAGCCGGAAGAUGUUGUUCCUCCACCUUUCUGGCAGGAUCAGUAUGUUAAUGGAAGCUACGAGGGCCUGGAAGAGCUUCCCAACCUCCACGAGAACGAGCCAUUCCAGGUCUGGAUGAGAACCGCAGGUCUUCCGACCUUCAGCAAGCUGGCCAUGCGAAAUGACAAGGACACUUUACUGUCUGGAACGUAUCGCCUAGCCGUAUGGGACAGGUAUAAUGUCGAUAAAUAUGGUGGUACAAAAUCCAUCCUCAUCUCGACCCGGACUGUUAUGGGUGGCAAGAACCCCUUCCUCGGCAUUGCAUACAUUGUCGUGGGUGGCAUCUGCAUUCUGCUUGGAGCCGUUUUCCUGGCCACUCACCUUAUCAAGCCAAGGAAACUCGGUGAUCAUACCUAUUUGACUUGGAACAACGACCAGCCCAGCACGGCAACAACAACCGGACGCAGCACCCGCCCCACCGAUACUGCAUGA